AUGGACACUCUUAUAAUGGUAUCGAUCAUGACCCUGUUGAUCUUUUCUAGCUCCGGACCCGCACGUGCCGCCACUCUUAUCGUAUCCAACCAGAUGCAGAAAAGCGCUAAUGUUCCCGUCUUCGUCACGUGUAAAGGCUCAGCUCCUACGAUGUAUAAACCCGUACCUUUGGGUCAACUCUUGAUGAUAGAGAUUACACCUACUAGCGAACCAAGUGCGACUGAUGAUAUCACACCCACUGCUGGACAAAAUGAUAAACCGGCGGGAUUUAGAGUGUCGCAGGAGAUGAAUUGCGUGGGUACGUUUUACCGCGAAUCACGGGGCUUGCGUUCUCAGCCAUGGUACAUAUUGAACAGCUCAUACCGAGAGCCGGUCGUGUGUAAAGAUGUCUGUGUCGUCGUUGCCAAAGACGAUGGGUUUUAUCGUUGGAACAAUAAGAAGAAUGCUUGGGACCAGAUUCCUAUGGAGAUGUUCUUUUAA